AUGCAGUUAAUGACAAUCAUAACUUUAUGGCUGGUAAUUGCAUUCAGUUAUGGAAAUUAUUUAGAGUCCAAUUUUGAAUUCCUUGGUCAUGUUCCCACACCAGUCAGUGCUGAUUCUGCGAGUAAGGAGGUGACAAUAAGUCACUGCUUUUCCUCGUGUAUACAGAACAACAAUUGUUAUUUCAUUGACUUCUGUGACAACAGUAUUUCUGAGACUUGCUACUUGUACGAAAGGAACAGAACAAAUGUCAUCGGGGCAGACGAUUGCAGUGGAAAUCUUGUACACCCGGCAACAUCUUCAUAUACGUUUCGUAGAGCGUUUUCAAAUGAUUAUACACAUGAACUAUAUUGCGACAUGGUAACAGAAGGCGGCGGUUGGAUAGUCUUUCAAAAACGCAUGGACGGAAGUGUUGAUUUCUACAGGAACUGGAAUGAUUAUACCAAUGGGUUUGGGAACUUGAAUGAAUAUUAUAAAGGAAAUAAUGCAUUAUUUGAAAUUGUGAAAGAUGGAAAUUUCGAGCUUAGAAUCGACCUAGAAGACAAAUCAGGGGAAUGGCGAUACGCAAAGUAUUUUCAUUUCUCCAUUGGCGGUCCAGAUACAAACUUCACGUUGAGUGUCUCUGGAUAUACGGGGAAUGCUGGUGAGUUUACAAGUAUAAAGUACACCAGAAUGUAA